AAUAAAGGUAAUAUUGGAAAUACACUGGCCCUCUUUGCAAAAGCUUAUUUGAGCUUAUUUUAUCCAUAAGUGUUUUUGAAAGUGUUUCAAAAAGCUUAUGUAAAUAGCAUAUGACCUACCUACAAGUUGUUAUGAAUAAAGAGUUUGUGCUUAUCCAUAACCUAUUUUCAUCUUAUUUACAAGAAGUUUCUCAAAUUAGCUUAUGGACAAGCGUUUAUUGUCAUAAGCGCUUAAUUAAGUUGUUUACCCAAGCACACCCAAGUGCAACCUUUUUCAACAACAUACACCCAUACAACCUUAAUGAUAUUGCUUAGGCACUCUCCAACACUUUGGAGAACAUGAAAAAACUCCAAGUUUAUUACGUCUUUCUUCCUUGCUUCCAAUGCAACUCACCUAAACGAGUGAUGUAAUAUAAUUAAUCAAUAUCACAAAGCAAAGCAAGCAAAAUAAAAAUACAGUUGUUUAACAUCUCAGUUAGGCAAUGAGAUUAGAACCUUGAUUCACCAGAUAGAAUCUUUAAUGAAACUCAGGUGAUUAAUGAUUCUUGCAACAACAAAAUCCUAUAAUUUCAACUUCACAAGUAACAAUGUGAAGUUCUUCUAAUUAUUGGUUGCUGAACUAAGUCCUUGACUUGAACACACUUUAAUAUUCAAAAACAGAAGUUCCCUCGCUUGUAAGUCAAUUCAAAUGACACAGGAUGUUGCUUGUGGCAAAUGCAAAUGUUCCCUCCAAAGAACUAUAUAAAGCUGAACCAAUCACCUGAAACCACAUCAAGAAAACUUGUGAUUUAACUAGCUUAAUUUCUGAGUUCAAAUCAAAGUAAUUGCAAUGGAGGCGAAAAACAGGAGGGUGGCUGUUUUGGUGGGGUGCAACUACCCAAACACAUCUCAUGAAUUGCAUGGCUGCAUAAACGAUGUGUUGGCCAUGAGGGACAUGCUGGUGAAGCGUUUCAGGUUCAAUCCGAAAAACAUUGAGCUCCUCACUGAUGAGCCUGGCUCUUCAUCAGCUAUGCUUCCCACUGGUGCCAACAUUAAGCAGAAAUUGGCUAGCAUGAUUGAUCAAGCUGAGGCAGGGGAUGUGCUAUAUUUUCACUAUAGUGGACAUGGAACAAGGAUCCCUUCCAAGAAACAUGGCCACCCUUACCACCAUGAGGAAGCUAUUGUGCCUUGUGACUUCAAUCUCAUCACUGAUUUGGACUUCAGGCAACUGGUGAACAAGCUGCCAAAGGGAGCAAGCCUCACAAUUCUCUCAGACUCAUGCCACAGCGGUGGCCUAAUUGACAAAGAGAAGGAACAGAUUGGACCAUCUUCACUGGUUCAUGAAAAUGACUCAUCAUUGAAACUCACCAACACCCCCAAGACAAUCCCUUUUGAGUCCAUACUUCAACACUUCUCAUCACAAACAAACAUAAACACCACAGACAUUGGAACCCAUCUGCUAGAAUUAUUUGGCUCUGAAGCCAGUUCGAGGUUUCAGCUCGCUUCGCGUGAUCUUGAUUUGCUGAACCAACCAUUGAGGCCUGAUGAGGGCAUUCUACUUAGUGGUUGCCAAGCUGAUGAGACCUCUGCAGACAUGAACCCGAACGCAAGUGGCGGAAAGGCGUAUGGAGCAUUCAGCAAUGCGGUUCAGAUGGUUUUGAAGGAGAACCCGGGUCAGCUGAGCAAUAGAGAGGUUGUGGUGAAGGCCAGGAAUAUGCUGCAAACACAGGGAAUUAUGCAGCAUCCUUGCCUCUAUUGCAGUGAUGAGAAUGCUAAUGCUACCUUCUUGUGGCAACAUCAGAACUCUGAUUUAUGAAAUGUGUGAUUGUGUGAAGAAUUUGAUGGGUGAAACAUUGGAGAAGUGAUUGCUGAAAUCAAGACUAUCAAGUAUCACUAUUUGAUUCAUUAUUGUACUAUUGUGUGAAUUUUAUGUUCAAUAAGUGGAAAGUAUUAUUAAUUCUCUAGCCAAACA